CAAUCUGGGUUAGGUGGGCAUCAUUUGAAAGCUUGUUCUAUUGCUAACAUGACUAGCUAAGUUAUAAAGUACAAUCCUAAUGUUUAGGCUUUCACGGGGCAAUUCAGAGAAACUGAUUGUAAUUGUGUGUAUAGAAAGGAGUCGUGUACAUUAGGUGUGUGUUCAGCGGCACAUUUUCAUCACAAUAGACAAACAGGCUCAUUCUGUUCAGAACAACCCAGAGUAUGAUCAUAAACGUUGAUACUGUAUGCCAUGAGUUUCAUAUGGAAACAUGUAGUGCACAUUUGGGCUCGGGUGUUUGGCUUGCUUGUGUGACAUCAUAGUGGUAUUUGUCAUCAUCCUCAACGUCUCAUCUUUAAAAAUACAUUUAGUCCCUCACUCAGACAACAAACAAGUAGCUCAAGUUGCUUAAUUAGCGGGAGGGAUGGGGACAACUUCUUGUUGCAUGCGGUGCUCAAGUUCAGAACUGCUGUCAGUCAAAACCCAUCCAGCGCUGUGACGUGCAGAGCCUGAGCUUUGAUGUCAUUUCUAGCAUGUUACUGUACAGCCACUGUGUUCCAAUUUAGGAGCUUAUCAGUGUCCAAAACUGCCAUGUUCAACCUGUAUAUGGGUACAAGUGUAAAUGUCUACCUGCAUAUUAUCGGUCUGUAAUAAACAACUAUUGCUGGCCUAGAAUCGAAAACACCCGACUCCGUCGAUCCAAGGGAAGUUUCAAACCUAAAUAGGCCUAUCUUUGGUUUAAUAUGAGCACAGGGAAGUUGGAACCCCACCAUGCAUGCGCGCGCGCUCCACUGGUCAAAAUGACCGCCUCCAAUCAAUUUGAAAUGCACCGAAACAGAAUCAAUCAGGUUGAUGGAAUUAACAUUUAAUGGAUGUUUGUUUACUUGACUGAUAGGAAUCGAGAGCAAUGAUUAACGACAUGGUGUCAUCUCCGAUUAGGAUUCCGAUUCAGAAAGGUUUGCGCUGAUGAUCACCUCAACUGAGAGUCCACGAGUUUAUUUCCUGAUGCUUUGACUGCAAUGAUCAAAACAAUGAGUGUAAAUACAACAACGGAAACGAAGUUCUGGUUAGGCAUGUAGAGUAGUAUUGAGUUUCUAUAUAGAUCUGCGCCAACCUAUCUCAUGUGCUAAUUGAUCAUUAUUUCAUGGACCUGUAUUUGUUUUACGCCUCUCUUGUAAGCACUGUUCAAUGCACCCUGGUCAAAGUAUAAUUUUCUGCCUAUAAAACUGCAGCUAUGGCAACAUAAAAAGCACCAAAUGGAAUUUGGAGUCAUGCGUAAAAGGUGUAAACCACUCGGGACAACAUCUAGGUCAGGGGUUCCCCGGUCAGAUUUUCCCAGAGUUCCCGAAGGAUAUUGAAAUAUAAUGGCUCCCAUUGUUAAACCAUUACUCCUACCUGUACCAAUUUCACUAAGUGUAUCUCACACUAUCUACCACGCAUUGAUAGCCUAUUGCAUGCAAUAUGUUAUCAUGCAUUGGAUAAAUGUGUUUGAGGGGGGCGGGGGGCACAACAAAUUGACUAGGUUAAUUUUGACUUUACUUAUAUCCCCCUCACAUUAAAAAAAACAAUCCCCUUAGUGCUCUAGAUGUUGCCAAAGACGAUUUCAUUUCAGAGGGGGGGGGCAAUUCCCAUUGAUGAUGAGUCCUCCUACUUAAACAAAUCCAUUUACAAAAAGGGCCAUUGUAAAUUCGACCAUUGAAAUCCGAUUCAGUUUUUUUCACUCUUGGAAAGCAUAGUUCUUAACCAUGGCAAGGCAAGUGGAGGUACACGUUAACGGACUAUUGGACUGAGGGGCGGUUGGGUACGAGCACAUUUGGAGUGUUGGGAACACUCUUAGCCCCAUACCUCGCCUAAGUGGUUUGACAAAUAUCGUUUUCUUUUUAUCUUACACGGGAUAACCCCUCAAAACGGAUUUCAGAGACUUGGAUAGAAGUGCUAGUUGGCAACGACUAUAGAAACGAGGAUCCGUUGACGAAAAAGCUUUUGGGGGAUUAAGUUAUUCCAUGAUCACUUAUUUUUUUAAUGUAGAUUAAGUGAAAGGUUGGCACUACUAGUCCACCAAUUUUGCAAAAAAACGUGUGACAGGUCCAACCGGACCACGGACGGCGGUCACCGAUGGCUGAUACUCAAUCUAUUAAUCUGAAUUCGCACAGCUAGAGGGUAUAUGGUGCGCUAUAAAGUAGCCUAAUUUCAGCUAAAUGGUCCAGGGUGACAAUAUGUUACAUCAAACACACCAUGUUAGUGAAACUGGACACUGAAAGCAUGCGAAACAAUUGAGACCGUCUUUGGAUUGAAUCAACAUGCAAUUGGCACAGUUCCUAUCCAUUUGCGUCCCCGCCUUGUUGCAACAGGUUGCGCGCGUGGCCUUCCACAAAUGCACUUAUAGCGCACAGUUUUGACUUUGCUCUUACUUUCUGACUCGAAUGUUACAGAUUUCGGCGCCAUGGUUGAGCACGGAGGCCUUGAUCUUAUGUGUUUAAAUAAGUCCUACAGUCACAGUUCCACUACCUCGUCCUCCAGCUCAGAGCGAGAAAAGAAAAUAUUCACCAAAUUGAAAGUCAGUUUGACUGAGGACUAUCCGCAGAAGAACGCGGAGAUCCUGAGCGGCCAGUAUGGGACUAACUUACUUUUGAUCGGCGUGUCGCUGAUGCUGGCUAUUGCGCACCAUGGCGCAUCAGUGAAGGAAGAGCACCUGUUGUCGUUUAUCACGACCCUCAUGAUCCUCCAGCUGAUAUGGAUGAUAUGGUACAUCGUGAGCAGAGACAGGCAGAGUAACUUACAGCCAGAAAAGGAUGUGCAUGCUACUACCUGUUGGAUAAGAGGUGGGUUAACUCUUCUUGCGCUCCUCUCGUUGAUCAUGGAUGCCUUCCGAAUUGGUUAUUUUGUGGGCUAUCGAUCAUGCGUGUCGGCUGUUCUAGGGGUAUACCCUAUCAUCCACGCAACUCACACAAUAGCACAGGUCCAUUUCCUUUGGUUUCACAUCAAGGACGUCAUCAAGACCUUCGAGACCUUUGAAAGAUUUGGUGUCAUCCAUGCAGUCUUCACCAACCUGCUACUGUGGUGCAACGGUGUGAUGUCUGAGGCUGAGCACUUCCUAAACAACCACAAGAGAAGGCUCUCUUCCCUGGGCUAUGUAAACCUCACCAUAGUGGAUAUGGAGCCUCACUGUAAUUGCACUACCAGCGCCUGCUCCAUGUUCUCCAACAGCCUCUAUUACCUAUACCCCUUCAACAUAGAGUACCACAUCUUUGUCUCUGCAAUGCUCUUCGUCAUGUGGAAGAACAUAGGGCGCAGCAUUAACCUCCAGUACAACCGGAAAAGGCCGGCUACCAGGACCCAGGGGCUGGUUGUCGGUCCCAUCCUGGGUCUUGUCGCCCUGGCCAGCACCAUCGGCGUGCUGGUGGUCUACAUCAUCCACGUGGAAGAGUCGAUGGACACCCGGGAGUCGGCCAUCGCAAUGUUCUACUGCUACGGCAUCGUCAUGCUGGUGUUCAUGUGCUCGGCCGGGGCCACGGGUCUGCUCAUAUACCGUGCCGACCCUAUGCCCAUGGACACCACCAAGAACCCCUCGCGGACGCUGGACACAGAGAUCCUAUUCGGAUCGUCGGUGGGCUCCUGGCUCAUGUCCUGGUGCAGCGUGGUGGCUGUGGCAGCCUCAAGCAGCAGCCCGAGCUACCGCUGGACCAACCUGAUGUACUCGCUGCUCAUUGUCCUGGAGAAGUACAUCCAGAACCUGUUCAUCAUAGAGUCCCUCUACCGUCAGCGGGAGGACGGUGAGAGGGAGGACGCUGAGGCGGUGGGGCCUGUGCCGGAGAUCUUCUCUGUGACCUCCUCCUUGGCUCCGCCCUACAACGGCAUCAUCAACCGGGCGUACGAGAACCCAGACAAGGGCUGUGUCACGCUGGAGAACGAGCAGGUGGAGAACGGACAGGUUUACGGAACAUUCAGCUCACGGAAACAUUCGGCGGUGCCCCUACACGCCGGGAGCAACGUGGCGGAGACCCCGAGCAAGAAGAGGCAGAUUCUGAAGAACAUCGCUGUCUUCCUCUUCAUGUGCAACAUCUCACUCUGGAUCCUUCCUGCCUUCGGCUGCAGACCCCAGUAUGACAACGGCCUGGAGCAGGAGACGUUUGGCUUCACCAUAUGGACAACAGUUCUCAAUUUUGCAGUGCCCAUGAACCUCUUUUACCGCAUGCACUCUGUGGCCUCCCUCUUCGAAGUCUUCCGAAGGGUGUGACAAGACGAAGAGGGACCGACGAGAUGACGCAACAUGCACAAGAACACUUGUCACCAAGGGCUCCAUAGAGGAAAUUAAUAGCAACACAGGUCAACCUUUCAGGAGGAGCUCUUGUCAUGUACUUUAGACUUCUAAAUAAGCAUUGAAACAUGUCAGUGUAGGGGGAUUAUACUAGAUGAGAUGUCCCUUGUAGCGAUGCAUCUUCGGAAACAUUUUGUAGCACCAGAUAUAAACAACAAAUUACAUUGAUAUCAGACCCUGGAUUCAAAUAGUAUUCGGAAUCUUUCAAAUACUUUAGCUGUGCUUGAUUGAGCUGGCCUGGCACAAUGUAACCAAUGGAAUAGCCCCAAAUGUGCAAGAACUGAUCCCCCGCCCCGGGAGGCUCACCCAAAACGCCAAAGUCUUUGAAAGAUUUCAAAUAGUAUUUGCUUUGUUGUGUGUUGCUGCACUGAAAAGUGAAAUUAACAUUUGAAUUUAGGUCUCUGUUAUAACAAGUGUUUGGGUUUGUCUUUGGAUGUUCAUCAAAUUUUUGUUGAAUGCGUUAUUAAAACGCGUAUGUAAUAGUUUAGUGUCGAGUUGUCUCUCAGACCUAGUCCAGAUGUAAGCCAGGCUAUGUAUGAAUGCAUCAUGAGAGUGGAGCAUGAUAAGUGAUGAUACACGAUGAAAGUAGAUGGUGCAGUGAAACAACUUAUAUCGAAAAGCCAUGCCACAUUCAUUUUUCAAAUCCUGUAUCAUGGUGAGACUAGUGGGCCUCAUCCCCGGUUGUGCUGAUAUCACACACACCACUGUGUUUGCAGCAGUACUCCAACAUCACAGAGAAGCCAAAGAAGCUCUCUCUGUCUCGAUUAUUCAACGUCACAUAAGAACUGUACUAUGGAUUGUAAAGAUGAGGUGCAACUGUAAAAGCCUUAAAGGUUUUUUUUUUUGUGUGUGUGUGUGUUGCCAUUUUUAUGUAUAUUUCAAAUGCACAGUGUCAUGGAGGAUGUUCUCAGUGGUCGGAAAAAUACACAGGAAACUCAAUACUUCUGUGUCAAACACUUGAACUACUUGGCUGGCCACAUUCUAGAGUCCCACAUGUACUGUAGUAUAGGGCAGCGGUAGACUUUGAUUGCUCUUCGGUGUAAUAUUGGACUGUAGUUCUCAGAAUCUCCAACAAAUGAACACUGGACUGUAGUUCUCAUAAUCUUUCGCAAACGUCUCAUUGUAUUGACUGUCCUCAAUCAGGACUUGUUGACAUCAUUCCGUGUAUAUUUGAUGACAAUCACAUUCAGUUGAAUGCUGUACAGUGUUGACUGAUCUUUAAUGCUAGUAGCUCUGCUUUUCUUUUAGUUAUAUUUUUUCUUCUUCUAAUGAACCUGAAAUGUGGUUUCCUUAAAUAUAUUUAACAUUUCAAUAAUUGUUAUGGAACUCAAUUUCACUAAGAAACCGCCUGGCAGUGUGUGAAGCGUGCUCCAAUCCACACUGAUGUAUUCCCUGGACCCAUAUUAAGCCUAGUUCUGGACUAAAACAAAUGCUCAAUGGAGAAUCUCCAUUGAAAGUGUCCGUAAACUGGCCCACCGUGCCCCAUUUGCUCUCUCAAUCCAUAAUGUUGGUGAAGAGACUAAGUAUGCACUCUGCAUUUUAAAGGGACAAUCUGCAGUUCAAACAACACCAAAGUGUUUACCACCCUGCCACUGUUUUGGUAAACAGCUGAAGAAUAGGGCGGUUAUUAUGUUAUUGAAAAGGGAAACAAUACAAUAUUUGCACAGAUCAGUAUAUACUGUAUUGACUGACAUGCAUUUUCCAAAAAGCAAAUAUGUUGUUUUAAACUGAAACAACUCUGAAACUGAACCAAAUAUCUUGAUUGAUGUAGUUUUGAAAAGUAAGCGUUGACAAUAAUCUUAACCUGUGAUGUUGUUGAUCGAUUUUGUGAUGAAUUAGUGAAAUGUAGUGCUACUGUAUGGUUCAUUUUUGGACAACAUAUUUAGGCUGUAGGGACUAUCAGAAAACUGUGAGUUCUACAUUGGUGCUAACUACUGUACUUGUUUUCAGUUGUACGUGCCAAUCUGUGGUCAAUGCUUAUUGGUAAACCUGCACCAAUACUAUAUCCUGUACAUAUCUGAACGUAGAUUAAAGCGAAUGUACAUAAAGGCUCCUGGCUCUGUAAUAAAAAUGAUUGUGAAAC